AUGCCGGUCUGGUCCACAGAAGGAUUCCAAAUGUACAAUAAUUCAUCGCUCAUGUUGCAGAAUCGAACGAAAAGCAGUAGCAGAAACGCUUUUGUGCUCAAAAUUCCUUUCCACUUGCAUCGUGCUUGGCUUUGCAAUACUUGCAGUACUGUACCACUGCCAAGGAUGACUGCAAUAGUUGGAUAG